UUCGCUUGCUCUGUAUCUUUCAGCUGCAGAUCAGAGCACAACGGCGAGAGAUUAACACUCUUCACAAGCUCCGAGACCUAAGGAAGAUGGAAGAGGACCUUGAAUGUGUCCAUGCGAGAGACAGAAAGCUGAUUUAGGGUUUCUCUGCACUGGUUUCUUCUUCUCGGAGUGCCUCAGGGUAAGGACUCACUGUCCCUUGUCUGUCUCUUUUAGGAGUCUCUCUGAUCCUUUGAGGCAUGGACUACAUAUCAUUUCAACCUUCCUGGGACUCUUCCUCUAAGAUUUCGGAGCAGCUUUUUUCACCCCAUUUCUAAAAGAGAGAGAUAUCUGUGUCGCACACUGAUUCUAUCAGACUUGAAGGGUUUCAUUCGAGAGUUCCUUCAGUCUUCUCUGCCUUUCUCUCUUUUUCUCUCUGUGUCUUUGUGAUCAUGCACUGAAAUCAUCAUUUCGUACAUUGAGGGCACACCUGUCUCUCAAAUUCACUCACUUGUGUGGAUCUAACCAGAACUCUGCAGCUGGAAUUUUGGGAUGGAUAUUGCGAUGGAUUUUGGGAUUGCCGUCUACUUCAUUUAACGCUGAACCUGCCGCACAAGACAAGGUGAAAAAGGGUUUCAGAGAGGUUGAAAGUAAAGGUUUUCCAGUGAUUACUCAGUCUGGGUCAGCAAACACGUCCCUUCUGCAUCAUAGAGCUUCCAGAACGCAUUCUGAAGAGAGGAUGCUGCAGGAGACCAGCGUUAGAGCAAGUCCAACCUGAUCGCUCCAUCCCUCCCUCCCCCGCCCAGUCCUCCACAAUCCCAGGAUGCUCUGCCCCUGCCGAGGGAAGCUGAAGUUGCUGGUGGUGUCUCUGAGUUUCGUCAUCCUGUUCACCUGGCUUUACCUGCUCGUGGGGAACUCGGAAAACGGGCGUUCCCUGCUCCUCUCCGCAUGCUUGGUGGAAUCCACAGAAGCACGGCUGCUGGAACGGGACGUCCUGGCAUCGCGGGUUCGAGAGGUGGAGGAAGAGAACCGGCAGAUCCGACUCCAGCUGAGCCAAUCGCAGGGCCUGGCUGCCCAGCCUGCCGAGGGUAACUAUGGCAACCAGCAGUGGGUGGCAUCGGCAGACACCGGUCCAGAAGACGUGGAGAACACAGCCGAGGAACGGGCCAAUCACAGCGAGUGUUCUCGCUCGCCCACUGCCGAGAAGUGUGAGUUGAUUCACGUGGCAUGUGUGUGUGCGGGUCACAACGCCAGUCGGGACGUGGUCACUCUGGUCAAAUCCAUCCUGUUCCACAGGAGAAACCCCCUUCACUUUCAUUUCAUCACAGAUACAGUGGCCAAUCAGAUCCUCAGCACACUGUUCCAGUCGUGGAUGGUACCGUCCGUGCAAGUCAGCUUCUAUGACGCUGAUGAACUCAAAUCGGAGGUGUCAUGGAUACCAAACAAACACUAUUCAGGAAUUUAUGGCCUGAUGAAGCUCACGCUCACCAAAGCUCUGCCGUCCAACCUUUCAAAGGUCAUCGUCCUCGACACAGACAUCACCUUCGCCACUGACAUCGCCGAGCUGUGGGCCAUCUUCCGGAAGUUCACAGAGAAACAGGUGAUUGGUCUGGUGGAGAAUCAGAGCGAUUGGUACCUCGGUAAUCUGUGGAAAAAUCACAAACCCUGGCCAGCCCUCGGACGAGGCUUUAACACAGGUGUGAUUUUGCUCUACCUUGAGAGACUGCGGAGGAUCGGCUGGGAACAGAUGUGGAGACUGACGGCCGAGAGAGAGCUAAUGAGCAUGCUUUCAACAUCCCUGGCAGACCAGGACAUAUUCAAUGCAUUCAUAAAACAGAACCCAGUUCUGGUGCAUCAGCUGCCGUGCUUCUGGAACGUACAGUUAUCGGAUCACACUCGCUCUGAACAGUGCUACACUGAGGUGUCAGAUCUAAAGGUCAUUCACUGGAACUCUCCUAAAAAGCUGAGGGUAAAAAACAAGCAUGUGGAGUUUUUCCGUAAUCUUUACUUGACGUUCCUGGAGUACGAUGGGAAUCUUCUGCGACGGGAACUCUUCGGCUGUCCCAGUCAGGCCAGCUCUGAGAGCACAGUGCUUCAGCAAGCACUAGAGGAGUUAGAUGAGGAUGACCAGUGCUAUGAUUUCCGGAGGGAGCGAAUCAUGGUGCACAGGGUGCAUCUGUACUUCCUGCAGUAUGAAUACACACCUACAGAUGACGGCACGGACGUCACGCUGGUCGCGCAGCUCUCCAUGGACAGACUGCAGAUGCUGGAGGCCAUCUGUAAACACUGGGAGGGCCCCAUUAGUUUGGCCCUGUACAUGUCUGAUGCUGAGGCCCAGCAGUUCCUGCGUUACGCUCAGGCCUCUGAAGUCCUCAAGAACCGCAAGAAUGUGGGCUAUCACAUCGUUUAUAAGGAGGGUCAGUUCUACCCUGUCAAUCUGGUACGCAAUGUGGCGCUCCGCAACGUCAACACACCCUACGUUUUUCUGACUGAUGUGGAUUUUCUGCCCAUGUACGGCCUCUAUGAUUAUCUCAGAAAAAGUAUAGUCCAACUGGACAUGGCCAAUACCAAGAAGGCUCUGGUUGUGCCUGCCUUUGAGACGCUGAGAUAUCGCCUCUCUUUCCCCAAAUCCAAGGCCGAGCUGCUGUCUAUGCUGGACAUGGGGACUCUCUACACCUUCAGGUAUCACGUCUGGACAAAGGGUCACGCGCCAACCAAUUAUGCCAAGUGGAGAACAGCCACAACGCCAUACAAGGUGGAGUGGGAGGCAGAUUUUGAGCCGUACGUUGUGGUGCGACGAGACUGUCCUGAGUAUGACCAGAGAUUUGUUGGCUUUGGCUGGAACAAAGUAUCCCAUAUCAUGGAGCUUGAUGCUCAGGAGUACGAUCUUAUUGUGUUACCAAAUGCCUUCAUGAUCCACAUGCCCCACGCGCCCAGUUUUGACAUCUCAAAGUUUCGCUCCAGUCCGAGUUACCGCUACUGCUUGACGACUCUGAAGGACGAGUUCCACCAAGACCUUUCUCGAAAGUACGGUUCUGCUGCUCUCAAGUACCUCACAGCACAGAGGAACAUCUGAAAACUGUUUCAAUGUAUUUUAGCACACAGGAGAAUGGCUCUGUCUAGUCAUUUGAGGCUCAACAGCCAAAAUGCUGCUCUGCUACAUGUGUGUCCAGAGGAACGAAGCUGAAGCCCACGUCUCUGCUGAAGACUAUGAAAUCAAAGCUUUAAUUCUUCUUUUUGAUAAGUCAUACAGCAGAGAACUGUGAAAACCAAUGACAUCAGCAACACACCCAUCAGACUGGUGGCGAAAACUCGACCAAACAUGUUUGAACUGCUUAAAAGCGUAACAAAAUACAUUGGUAGACAUUUGCGAUGACACACUUGCUUUAUAGCCUAAAACGAACGGUCAUGAUAAAGACCUUUUUUUGACAAUCAGGGCUUUUUCUUCACUAAAGAUCUACGGCUAGCGGUCCAUUACGCUACGCGACUUUGAACCUUCUGAAACCAUUCGAUGGAGUUUUGAAAGGACAAGAACUGAAUGAGCUUUCCAAAGACUCUUCUGCUGGACUGAAGUGUGGGGAGGCCAUCAAGACGAGGAACUUUUAAGCCUUAUAAUUUCACGGAUAUUUAAAAUAUUUAAAAAAUAUUUUUCUUUGUUUUUAAUGAAGACAAAAAAGUUUAUGAACCUACGUAUGUUUUACAGUAUAAAAUCGAAAAUUGCAUUAUUUUUUAAUUUAGAAACACUGAUUUGCUUGUAGCGAGGCUGAAUGCUCGAUAGAGGUGUGAGGGAGUAUUUUGUGUGGUUUCAGUGAGAAAUGAUCAGUGUGUUUAACUGCUGCAUUUAUAAUUGUCACAUAACAAAUGGCACAUAUUAUGACGUGCUUAAACAUAGUGUAUACCAGGACGCUUUCCUGCCCUGAACUCAAAUCACUUUUCUCACUUUUCAAAAAAGAAAAAAAUUGCACUACAUACUGUUACAAAAAACAUGACUAUAUGUACAUUUGCAUUGAGAUCCACCCAAGGGACCAUUAAAAAAAAAUGGAGUUAUCCGUUGCAGAAGAUUCUCAUGGACUGAAUAUUUGUUGACACUUCAUGUUAUUGAAAACAAUAUUUAUCUUGUAAAAUGUCACAUUCUGGUCAGCCCUGAAAUAAGAAUCCAAUGUUCAAUUCAGCAUCAGUCACUCAAAGAUGUAUUUGUUAAAAAAAAAAAAAAAAAAAAAAAUACGUGAAAGGUUGUACGAUCCAUUGUACCAGUCGCUGCUGUCACAAUGUAAUUCCCAAUGUGUCCCGUCUUUAUAAAGAAACGCUCCUCCAGGUCAUAUUGAGUUGACCCCUCACACGCCACCCAUGCCCUUCCGCUCCAUCAGACUGCAGAUUUACGGUAAAUACCCGUGCCUUUGCUGUGUUGCGAAAACUGGAUAUUGAUUGUACUACUGUACGCAUCAGCGGGGCCUGCAAGAAUACAGGUACUCUAUUUAUUAUUGUUGACUUAAAUCAAUCAUAUUUUUCUAUGUAGGGGACAAAGUGCUUUAAAUAAAUUCUCCCUGUUUCUAUAGUUUGUCAAAGUUCUUGUGCUUUUUAUUUUACAAGAGGAGAUGAGUCACACGUUGCUUUGUGCUUUUCACUGAAUGUCCUAUCUUUGAGUUUGUUGUAG